CUGCCUCCCCUUGUCUCCUCCCUCCGUGCAAGUGUCGGUGUGAACUGGCUCCGCUUCGCAAGGACGUCCGGCAGCAGAGAGAGCCGACAGUGUCGCCCCAGCACCGGGACCGACGACAAGAGAGAGAAAUGCAGGGACUGAAGCGGCCGCUAACCCAGGGGCUCCGCUUCCUGAUCGCCGGGAAUCGGCAGCAGCUCCUUCCCAGGGCGAGGAUCGUCUCCAAACCCGCGAAGAACGAGCUGACAUCAACGGAACAGAUCAUAGGUUUCACUGUCUUGACAGCUUCAAUAAUGAUACCAUCGAGUUGGAUAUUGGCUCAUAUGGAAGAUUACAAGCACAGGCCAGAGCCUGCAAACAACUGAGAGAGAUUUACUCUGAAUUCUCAUCAUCGCCAAAGACUGGCCAUAACAUUGCUAUGCUGAUAACUGAAUUUACUGAUUAAAAUGUUUGAAACUA